AUUUAUUCUAUCACAGUUCUUGGGCCCAGGAACUCCAAAUCAAGGUGUGAACAGGGCUGUAUCCCUGUGGCUCUGGGGGAGAAUCCACUGCAAGCUCCUGGAGUUUCUGGUGCCCUUGGCUUGUGGCCACAUCACUCCCAUCUCUGCUUCAUCUUCUUUGUGUGUGACCUCUGGAUGUCUCUCACAAGGCACUUGCCUCUGGAUCCAGAGCCCACCUGGAGGAUCCACGAUGAUCUCAGGCUUCCACUGAACUACACCUGCAAAGACCUUUUUCCAAGUCAAGUCAUAGUGACAGGUUCCAGGAAUUAAGAGCUAGAUGUAUUUUUUGAGGAGCUGCCAUCCAUCCUGCCAAAUCACCCCUAGCUGUCAUCCUGAGCACCUCAUCCCUUCUCCCCACCCUGCAAAGCUGUCACUCAGCUCUUUUCUUUGUGGUACUGGGAUGGAACCCAGGGCCUUGUGCAUGCCAGGCAAGCACCACUGCCACUCAGCUCCGUCUCCAGCCCCUUUUAUCUGAUUUUGAGACAGGGUCUGGCUAAGUUGCUGAGACUGACCUUGAACUUGCAAUUCUUUUGCCUCAGCCUCCCUAGUCACUGGGAUUACAAGUUUGCCUGGCUUUAGUCAGGCCAUUUUCUUAUGGCUCAUCAUGUCCCCCUUGGCCAGUUCAGGCCAAGCUCCCUCCAGGAAGCCCUCCUUGACUGUCUCCUGACCCUCAGGUCCUUGAGAGUCCUCCAGCUCUAGUGUCCAAGGCUCUGUCCUUCAGAGUCUGUGGUUCUGAAUCUCUCCUCAGACUGAGGUUUCCCGAGGGAAGGAAAUAUUUCUUCCUGCUUCUCUUUUACACCCGGGGCACCCAUCUCCUGCACACAAGCUCACGGAGAACAAGGAAGCUGGCCAAAGACACCUUUCCAGCAGCGGCUGGCCAGCUCUACCUUGUGGCCUCUGCUCUUCCCCAGAAGGGGCCAGGUUGUUACCUUGUCCCAGGGCCUGUGUGGUAGUCUCAGCUGCACACACACAGCAGGGGUGGGGGAGGAGCUGGGCCAGGGGAAGGAGCCCAGCCCUUUGCCUUUCCUUGGAGAGGCUGGGACACAGGAAUGCCUUUGGCUGGGAGACCCUGGCCAGAGAUCAGAAGAUCAAAGGAUGAGAAGAUCAGGGGCGAGGCAGGUGGCAUCACUUGGAGGCACCAGAGAGAAGCAGCAGCUGGUGCCUCCUAAGGGCAGGGUUGACCCAAAACGCCCUCCCCUCCCUCAGAAGCCCCAACCCAUCUGUUUCCUAACCUUGCAGAGCUGCUUCUCCAGGCUGGGGGCCUCUGGGAGUGAAUGCAAGUGUGUGUGUGGGGGUGUGUGCUGACUGACAUGUGCCAUCCUGUGGGCAAAACUAAUACUCCCUACACACGUGGAUUCUCCUAUCCCACUUAAAUCUCACUAUGCCCUUAGGAGGGUUAAUAACAGGGCGAUUCUUAGAUGUAGAAACUGAGGUACAAAGAGAAAGCCCAACAUCAAACCACUGUCAAGUGUUAGGGCCAAGAUACAAACUCUGGCAGUCUGACAUCAGAACCACAACUACUCAGUAUAAGGCAAGGCAGACAGUUGUUCAGUCCAACUGCAGCAUGAGGGAGUGAGGCUAGAGGUCAGCUAGGACUUCUUGAUGGGCAGGGAGUGCGGACCUAGACCUUGGUUGGAUCUAGUCUUCCUACAAGAUGAACCAAAUAGGAAGGGAGUUGGGGAAGAGGAAAGUGGGGAGACAUUUGGGGACUGAUGGACUGGAGGCAGGACAGCGGCAGAUCAGUGGUGGGCAGGACAGGCGUAGUCAGUAGUGGGCACUGGCUGGAAACUUGCGUUCGAGGCCUCAGGAGCUGGAUGGAGGAAGGGAGACGCUGGGCGCCGGCAGAUCGAGACCUCAGCAUGAACAACCUCACGGAGCUUCAGCCAGGCCUCUUCCGCCACCUUCGCUUCUUGGAGGAGCUGCGUCUCUCUGGGAAUCGUCUCUCACAUAUUCCGGGACAAGCCUUCUCUGGUCUCUACAGCCUGAAGAUCCUGAUGCUGCAGAACAACGAGCUGGGAGGGAUCCCGGCGGAAGCGCUGUGGGAGCUGCCAGGCCUGCAGUCUCUGCGCCUGGAUGCCAACCUCAUCUCUCUGGUCCCAGAAAGGAGCUUUGAGGGACUGUCUUCCCUCCGCCACCUCUGGCUGGAUGACAAUGCACUCACAGAGAUCCCCGUCAGAGCCCUCAACAAUCUUCCUGCCCUGCAGGCCAUGACCCUGGCCCUCAACCGCAUCAGCCACAUCCCUGACUACGCCUUCCAGAACCUCACCAGUCUUGUGGUGCUGCAUCUGCACAACAACCGUAUCCAGCAUCUGGGGACCCACAGCUUCGAGGGGCUGCGCAAUCUGGAGACACUAGACCUGAAUUAUAACGAGCUGCAGGAGUUCCCCGUGGCCAUCCGGACCUUGGGCAGACUACAGGAACUGGGAUUCCACAACAAUAACAUCAAGGCUAUCCCUGAAAAGGCCUUCAUGGGCAACCCUCUGCUGCAGACAAUACACUUUUAUGAUAACCCAAUCCAGUUUGUGGGAAGGUCAGCAUUCCAGUACCUGCCUAAACUGCACACGCUGUCCCUGAAUGGCGCCACGGACAUCCAGGAGUUCCCGGACCUCAAAGGCACCAGCAGCCUGGAGGUCCUGACCCUGACCCGCGCAGGCAUCCGGCUGCUCCCACCAGAAAUGUGCCAGCAACUGCCCAGGCUCCGAGUCCUGGAGCUGUCUCACAAUCAAAUUGAGGAGCUGCCCAGUCUGCGCAGGUGUGAGAAGUUGGAGGAAAUCGGCCUCCAACACAACCGCAUCUGGGAAAUCGGAGCUGACACCUUCAGCCAGCUGAGCUCCUUACAAGCCUUGGACCUAAGCUGGAAUGCCAUCAGAUCCAUCCACCCAGAAGCCUUCUCAACGCUGCGCUCCCUGGUCAAGCUGGAUCUGACAGACAACCAGCUGACCACACUGCCUCUGGCUGGGCUUGGGGGCCUGAUGCAUCUGAAGCUCAAAGGGAACCUGGCUCUGUCUCAGGCCUUCUCCAAGGACAGUUUCCCAAGACUGAGGAUUCUGGAGGUGCCCUAUGCCUACCAGUGCUGUGCCUAUGGGGUCUGUGCCAGCUUCUUCAAACCCUCUGGGCAGUGGCAGGCCGAGGACUUCCACCUGGAGGAGGAGGAGCCUCCAAGGAGGACCCAGAGCCUCCUUGCUGGACAAGCAGAGAACCAUUAUGACCUGGACCUGGAUGAGCUCCAAAUGGAGAUGGAGGACUCAAAGCCACACCACAGUGUCCAGUGUAGCCCUAUUCCAGGCCCCUUCAAGCCCUGCGAGCACCUCUUUGAGAGCUGGGGCAUCCGCCUGGCCGUGUGGGCCAUCGUGCUGCUCUCCGUGCUCUGUAACGGGCUGGUGCUGCUGACCGUGUUUGCCGGCGGGCCCAUCCCCCUGUCCCCGGUCAAGUUUGUGGUAGGUGCGAUUGCCGGCGCCAACACCUUGACGGGCAUUUCCUGUGGCCUUCUGGCCUCCGUGGACGCCUUGACCUUUGGCCAGUUCGCCGAGUACGGAGCCCGCUGGGAGUCGGGGCUGGGCUGCCGGGCCACGGGCUUCCUGGCCGUCCUGGGGUCCGAGGCGUCGGUGCUGCUGCUCACCCUGGCCGCCGUGCAGUGCAGCGUCUCCGUGUCGUGCGUGCGGGCCUACGGGAAGGCGCCCUCGCUGGGCAGUGUCCGAGCCGGGGCCCUGGGCUGCCUGUCGCUGGCAGGGCUGGCCGCCGCCCUGCCGCUGGCCUCGGUGGGAGAGUACGGGGCCUCCCCGCUCUGCCUGCCCUACGCCCCGCCCGAGGGCCAGCCGGCCGCCCUGGGCUUCGCGGUGGCCCUGGUCAUGAUGAACUCCUUCUGCUUCCUGGUGGUGGCCGGUGCCUACAUCAAACUCUACUGUGACCUGCCGCGGGGCGACUUUGAGGCCGUGUGGGACUGUGCCAUGGUGAGGCAUGUGGCCUGGCUCAUCUUCGCGGAUGGGCUCCUCUACUGUCCCGUGGCCUUCCUCAGCUUCGCCUCCAUGAUGGGCCUCUUCCCUGUCACCCCCGAGGCCGUCAAGUCUGUCCUGCUCGUGGUGCUGCCGCUGCCUGCCUGCCUCAACCCCCUGCUCUACCUGCUCUUCAACCCCCACUUCAGGGAUGACCUCCGGCGGCUCUGGCCCGGCCCAGGAACUCCUGGGCCCCUGGCCUACGCUGCUGCCAACGAGCUGGAGAAGAGCUCCUGCGAUUCCACCCAGGCUCUUGUGGCCUUCUCUGAUGUGGAUCUCAUUCUGGAAGCUUCUGAGGCUGGACGGCCCCCUGGGCUGGAGACCUAUGGCUUCCCCUCAGUGACCUUCAUCUCCUGUCAGCAGCCAGGGGGCCCCAGACUGGAGGGAAGCCAUUUUAUAGAGCCAGAGGGAACCCACUUUGGGAAUCCACAACCCUCUGUGGAUGGAGAACUGCUGCUGAAGGCCAGGGGAGCCACAUCUUCAGGAGGGGGCUCAUCGGCGGGUGGGGGCUUCAGGCCCUCCGGCUCAGUCUUUGCUUCACACUUAUAAAUGUCCUUCCCCCUUCUUCUCUUUCCAUCUCUUCCCUUCUUUCUCUCCCCACUCCCUCAAUGAUGGCUGCUUAUAAAAUAAAUACAACCUAAACUCACCAGUGUGAUCCACAGCAGGGCCUGGUUCUGUUGGUCUCCUCUCUCUGUGACCAUCACCAGUGAAGGCUUCUUGGCCCAGUAUUCCCUUGGCCCUCCUCAUCUUCACCUUCAUGCUGCCUCUUCCCUGUGGGUCCAAAGCUGUGGACCAGAGACCUGGAAAUUUGCUUAAGGAUAAGGAGUGAAAUAAAAGACAGGGAAGGAGGAGGGGACCCGAUAGGGCCAGGAUCAUGGCACAGUGGACACGGAGACCUAACAGAAAAGGGGACCACCAAGGGCAUUUGGCAUCUCCCCUUUGACUUAUGGAUAGGAUAUAAAACCUGUUCUGUGUCCCAUUAAUCUUGACAUUUGCCAUGAAAAAAUACUUCCUAUUAAAAUGAGCUUUGGAAGAGAUUACACAUUAUGUCCCUUUCUUAGAGAACAUGUUAAUAUAGUAAAAGCCCUAAAAACCUCUGCAGCAGUAAAAUCUAUUGAACUCUGUUUAAUCCCAUUCUCCAAUUCUUAGACAAUAUGUUUCUCUUUGAUUGAUUGGUUUUCAUGGAAUACCUAUUACUAGCUCACAGGAUUUAGUACUGUCUGUACCAUCUAGUACUACCCAGUGACACCACAAAAUCACAUCACAUCACUUUUUUUUUUUUUUUUUUGGCACUAGAGAUUGAACCCAGGGGUACCUAACCACUGAGCUACAUCCCUAGUUCUAUUUAUUUUUUAUUUUUAGACAGGAUCUUGCUAAGUUGCUUAGGGCCUCAAUAAAUUGCUGAGACUGAUUUUGAAUCUAUGAUCCUUCCUGCCUCAGUCUCCCGAGUUGCUGGGAUUACAAGUGUGUGCCACCACACCAAGUGUCAUCACUUUUUGAAAGUCCCAAACCUAGGAGCUGAACCUGGGGUGAAGUUCCAGAGGCAACUGGUGAUUCCAUGAUCCAGGACAGACUCUCUGUACUCUACCUCCCAAGCUGCUUGUCUUACCUAGAGAAGGAUGGGGAGGAACAGGCUGUCAUGGUUACAGCUUCAGCCCCCUCAGGCAAGACGGAGGAAAAGGAUCCUGUGUGUGCUUCCCCACCCCCUCCUACAUCCAAGCACCAGUGAAACUCCUGCCUCCAGCAAGAAGGAGGAUUGUUGGAUCCUAGCAAGGUACACACAAGGAACUGUGUAGCAGUCUGGGUUCUCUCUGGCUGUGAGUUGCCUUCCUAUGGUCCUCCAUCAGAUGCACCCUGCCACCAACUGUCACAAGCCUGGUCUUCCCUUCUUAUCCUUCUUAUUCUGUCUUUCUGUGGGAUAAGGAUCCAUUACCUAGCAGAGAGGAGGUUCCUACAAUGCUUUUAGAAGCAUGUGGCUAUCUGGGAGUCUUGGGUUCCCCAAAUAGGCCUGACCUUUCUGCCUUUCCCCUCAUGACUUUCUUAUCUGUGGUUUCCCAAGUGCAUCUGAAGGUCUAUAGAGUAUCUCUCACCCCACAUACACAUUCAAUCUCAGGGUGAGAGGGUGAGAACCUGGUGCAUUCUUACAAAUAUGAAAGCUAAUUCUUGCAAACAUAAAAAAGAAUCCAAGACCCAGAAAUGGGUGAGAUUUUUUCCAGGGCACUCCAACAUCAGUCAAACUCAAAGGACAGAGUGUGGAAUCCUGAGACUGAAUGAAACUCUGUUCUGUUGAAUUCUAUUGUGAUCCCUAGCCAGGACCUACCCACAGGACCUCCACGGUUAAGACAACCCUGAGAAAGCUCUUGAGUUUCACAGCUCAAGUUUCUGCAGCUUCGCUUGUCCUGUCCCCCUGCUGCUCCCAGUGCCUAGUGGGAAUUCCAACAUAGGUUCACAAGGUGUCUAGGCUGGGCUGGAGGGAUGAGGCAAAGACCAUAUUUAACUUGACACAUUUUAAAAUAUCAUUUGACUAGUUGAGUUUCCUGGAUUCUUAUAGGCUCCAAAUGAAUAAACUGACCUUAUUAUUCCUUAGGGUCCUACCAGGGGGUCAACUUCAGAGUAGUCAUUCACUAAACUAUGGUGCUGUCCCUAAUUGCCCAGGGAUGAUCAAGAGUUUUCUUGAUAGAAGGAGUUUGUUUUACUUUGGGUACUGAGAAUCGGUAAUUCUUAAAAGGGAAAUGAGUUCUCUGAGAACUUCAGGGAAGACAACAAGGGUAUGAUUUUUGGGAGCCUUCACUUCUAGAAAGUCACCCUAGUUCCCCUCUCCACCAUAGGAUCACUGUUUCCCUUGGAGUUAGGGAGCCAGUCUUGAGUGGCUGUGUGUUAGAGGUUUGGGAGUUUUAGGGACUGUUCCCUACAUGUGACUGCUUCUUUGGUAAGGGAGCCUGUGCUUUUUGGUCAGUGCUUUGACCUGUGGGCUACGGUGGCACUGCUGUCCAACUUUACUGUCUGCUUCUAAAGAUCUGGGCAUCAGCCAAGGCUGGACAGAAGAGAGGUGUGUGGGAAGGGGGUGGAGCUGUUUCCCAUAAACUCUUUUCUUCUUUUCUUUACAUUCCUUCCUGUUGUGAUGUAGAUGUGAGUUGUCCCCCCAAAUCUCAACAUGUGAGACAAUGCAGGAAAGUUUGGAGAAGAAAUAGCCCUAAUCUAAUCAGUGAAUUAGUCCCUGAUGGGAUUAACUGAGUGGUAACUAGAGGCAGGUGGAGUGUGGAUGAAGGAAGUGGUUCAUUGGUGGUGUGCUAUGGGGUAUAUAUUUUGUAUCUGGAGAGUGGAGUCUCUCUCUCUCUCUCUCUCUCUCUCUCUCUCUCUCUCUCUCUCUCUCUGCUUUCUGAUCAUCAUGUGGGCUGCUUUCCUCUGCCACACUCUUCUGCCAUGAUGUCCUGUCUCACCUUGAUGCCUGAAGAAUGGAGCCUACUGUCUAUGGAUUGAGACCUCUGAAACCGUGAGCCCCCAAGUAAACUUUUCCUCCUAAAAUUGUUUUGGUCAGAUCUUUUAGUCACAGCAGUGAAAAAGCUAAAAUACUUCCUUCCUUUCUUUUUUUCCAUGAUGGAGAUUGGACCCUUUUGCCCUGUACCACUGAGCUACAACCCCAGCCCUUUUUACUUUUUAUUUUGAGACAGUGUCUCACUAAAUUGCCCAGGCUGGCCUGGAACUUGUGAUCUUCUCCCUCACCCUCUUGUGUUGCUGGGAUUAUAGGCAUGUGCCACGAUUCCUGGCACCGUGAACUAUUUUCACUAUUCAAAAAGUCUAGUCAAUGUUGUGCAUUUGCACAGGAGAAGAUUGUAUAGUGCUUUCUCUGUUGUUUUUUUUUUGUUGUUGUUUGUUGUUGUUGUUGUUGUUUUACUGAAUUCCUAGCAAGUCAGUGUGUUCAUUUACUUUAGCUAUCUCCUUUGUGGUCAGUAGAAGUUUAUGAAGAUCAAUUGAUUCAUCACAAAAAUCAAAAACCAAAUUUUUUGAUGCACGUAAGUGUAUUUUGUUUGAUUGCAAACUCUUUCAAAAUGGUGCCUAUGGGAAAGAAUCAGCCCAAAGAAAGGAACUAGAGUGGUGUAAAUGUUGGGAGCUGCUGGCUCAGCGUAUGCUUACCUGGGCUCUGUGUGCUAUGCCUUGGCAGACUGACUUGUGGAGGAGAGCCUCUCACAGUGGCUCAUAGUUUGCUAAGCACUUAGGUACACACCAAAAGGAAAAAUCCAAAAAAAUCCAGAGCUAAAAUUGGAAGACUAUGGAUCAGCAGAGUUAACAGCUGGGUCUUCUCCUUCCCAACCUCCUUGCUUCCCUUUGCCAGGAAGAAUAAGGUUUAAAGAGUAAAGGAGGAAUCAGGUGUGGUGGCACACACCUGUAAUCCAGCGUCUUAGGAGGCUGAGGCAGGAAGAUUACAAGUUCAAAGCCAGCCUCAGGAAACAAGGGGCUAAGUAACUCAGUGAGACCCUGUCUCUGAAUAAAAUACAAAAUAGGGCUAGGGAUGAGGCUCAGUGGUUGAGUACCCCAAGUUCAAUCCCUGGUAUACAAAAAAGAGGGAGGGAGCAGGGAGCACAGUGAGGUGGUGCCACACCUGUGAUCUCAGCUACCUAGGAGGCUAAGGCAGCAGGAUUGCAAGUUCUGGGCCAGCCUUAGCAACCUAGCAAGAACCUGUCUCAAAAUGAAAAGGAUCAGGGAGGUAGUUCAGUUAUAGAGUGUUCAUUCCUCACCCAAGGGGGGAAAAAAGGUGAAGGAGGGGAAGAAAGAAGAGCUGACAAUUAGCAGGGCUGAGUAAGAGAGGAUUGUGGGAGGUAGCUAGAACCCUGAUCCUUUCUGGAACUGUCCUCUCUAAUUACCUCUGCUCUGGUUUGGCAAGUUCUCUCACCCAUCAUCCACCACUCCUAUGUGCCCUUCCGGGUUCUAGUCCUGUGCCAUCUCCAGCCAUGUGAAAAUUGUCAGGAUGUAAAUAUUUGAUUCUUCUGUAUAAUAAAGCACCAGUGAAGUA